UCUAUGUUUUGAUGAACGAAGCCAUCCUUUGUCCUUAAUCGUAGAGUAAGGCAUAAUCAGAGAUUAUUGAAGAUGAACAGAAGGAUACAUCAGCUGUGUAUGCUAUUAGCAGCAACUAUUACAACCCUAUGGUGGCCAUGGACUUGCCUGAUCAUCACAGCCGUUGAUGCAGACCCACAGAUCAAUCUAUUAAACAAGGGCUGCAGCCAAUACAAUGCCACCAACGCGUCCGAGUUCUAUACCAACCUCAACGCCACAUUUUCGGACCUCAGAACGCAACUGAUGGAAAACGGCAGCCACUUUGCGACGGCACAGCAGGUCAGGGGUUCCAACCCUGUUUACGCUAUGGUGCAGUGUAGGAACUACCUCUCCGCUGCUGACUGCGUUGCUUGCUUCACUGCUGCCGUGUCUCAAAUUCGCAACUGCUCCGCUGCCAACGGUGGUCGUGUCAUCUAUGAUGGUUGCUUCCUCAGGUACGAGAGCGCAGGGUUCUAUGACCAGACCACCCUUCCUGGUAAUGUAGGGCUUUGUGGAAAUAUAACUGCAUCACAGGUCACUACAUUCACUGCAGCUGCUGGGUCACUGCUAGUAGAUCUUCAGCUUGCAACACCUAAAAUCAACGGUUUCUUUGCAGCAACUAGGAACAAAGUUGUUAGUAGUGGUGGUAGCGGAAAUGUAACCGUCUACGGUGUGGCACAAUGUGCCGAGACAGUUAGCAAGAUCGGUUGCCAAGAUUGCUUGAAAGUGGCAUACAAUAACCUACAAAGCUGCCUUCCAGAUACCGAUGGUAGGGCGGUUGACGCAGGUUGUUUCUUGCGGUACUCUAGUACUUCUUUCUUCUCUGAUAAUCAGACUAUGAACAUCGCGCCCUUCUUAAAAGGCGGAGGUAAUUCAAGAAAGAAAGGCAUCAUCAUUGGAGUGGCAGCUGGAGGUGGAGGUCUUCUUCUCAUUGUUGGAUUUCUUCUCUAUUUUAAACUCUCAAGAAAGCCCAUGGCGGAUCAUAGAGGUGACAUAUUGGGAGCAACCGAGUUGCAAGGACCAGUGAAUUAUAAAUACAAAGAUUUGAAGUCAGCAACGAAAAACUUUAGUGAAGAAAACAAACUAGGAGAAGGAGGAUUCGGAGAUGUUUACAAGGGAACUCUAAACAAUGGUAAAAUAGUUGCAGUGAAAAAACUAGCUGUACUUCAAUCCGACAGGGCAAAGGCGAAUUUCCAAAACGAAGUCACGCUUAUAAGCAAUGUUCAUCACCGCAAUCUUAUUCGUCUUCUUGGAUGUUGUAGCAAAGGACCAGAGUUACUUCUCAUAUAUGAAUACAUGGCAAACAGCAGCCUCGACAGAUUCCUAUUUGGUCCAAGAAAAGGCUCUCUCAACUGGAAACAAAGAACUGAUAUAAUCAUCGGCACAGCUCGGGGUCUCGCCUAUUUACAUGAGGAGUUCCAUGUAUGCAUCAUACAUCGAGAUAUAAAAACCAGCAACAUCCUUUUGGAUGAUAGUUUCCAGCCAAGAAUUGCAGAUUUUGGGCUGGCAAGGCUUUUACCAGAUGAUAAGACUCAUCUCAGUACCAGAUUUGCAGGAACAUUGGGAUACACGGCACCUGAAUAUGCAAUUCAUGGCCAAUUGUCAGAAAAGGCGGAUACCUAUAGCUACGGCGUGGUUGUCCUUGAAAUCAUAAGUGGCCAAAGGAGCAGUGAAGUUAAAUCCGAUGCUAUGGGUGAAUUUCUACUUGAAAAGGCAUGGAAACUGUAUGAGAAUGGCUCGCACGUGGAGUUGGUCGAUGCAACCCUGGACCCAAAUGAUUAUAAAACAGAAGAUGUGAAAAAAAUCAUAGAGAUUGCUUUGAUGUGCACUCAAUCAUCACCUGCUCUGAGGCCUACAAUGUCUGAAAUUGUUGUUUUACUCAAAGGCACAAACUAUUUGGAAAAUAGGUCGCUUACUAGGCCGGUAUUUAUCGAUUCUGAUAAGAAAGUCCAGGGAGAGACAUCAACCUCUAAUGGUUCUUCCACAUCGAAUGCCACUGCAUCUACUUCUCAACUUUCAGGUCGUUAAAUGCUAACCUAUUGGGAAUGGAGUCCAAUAUUGCAACUCUUGUACAUAAAAAUUUGAAAGUUUUCUUCGAUUUUUACUUUAUUUGGUGUUUCGGGCUUUGAUUUUGUAAUUUGUUUCUCUUCAAUACUAUGAAGUUUUUAAGAUACAUAGCUUCAGGAGUUUAUGUUUUAUGUUCACACUUGGUUGUCUUGUAGAGCACGUUUGUUUGUUCUUCAUGUUUAUAACUAAUAAAACUAUAUUAUUUACAUAAAA